UUCUUUUUGUUGGGGGUAGCAGUUGCUCUGACGUCAUUGAACCGCGUCCUCCUCCUCUGCGGUUUCCGGCGCUCGCCCGCGCGGAGCGGGUGGGCAGGGGCCUUCCACAACCCCUCCGCCAGGCACAGCUCCCCGCCUCCCUCCGCAGGGGUGGGAGGCUCUCGGCACGACGCCGGCGAUGGCUUCGAGGCGCGCAGAGGCGGUGGCACCGCGGGUGGUAGAGCUGGAGGAGGAGCUGCGGAGUCUGGCGGAGGAGCUGAGCCGGUGCCAGGCUGAUAAAGAAUUUGUAUGGUCCCUGUGGAAACAUCUCCAAGUGUCGAGUCCAGAUCUUACUCAAGCUGUCAGCUUGGUUGUAGAAAGAGAAAAGCAGAAAGCUGAAGUCAAGGACAGAAGGGUUUUAGAGAUUUUGCAAGCCAAAGACAGUAAAAUAGAAAGCCUAGAACAGAGACUCACAGGACAGCAGCAGGAGAUAAACAACUUAAUGCAAAGAAAAUUUGCUGUGGAUGAGGAAAAUGCCCAUUUGAAGAACGAAUUCAGUAACUUGAACCAGAAAUUUAAAGAUAAAAGCCAAGAACUUAAGGACACUGAGGAGUGUGCACAGAAGAAGGAAGAGCAAAACAGACUGGUUAUAAAAAACCUGGAGGAGGAAAAUAAAGGAUUAAAUACAUGCUGUGCUGACCUGCUAAAUGACCUGGAGAAACUGAGGAAGCGGGAGGUACAAUGGAAAACAGAAAAAUCUGGCAGUGAUGCCAGGAUAAAGAAUUUGGAAACUGAUUUAGCAGAAGCAAAAGAACAAGUGAAAGAGUUGCGCAGGAUAUGCAGUAACUUGUCAUCUCAAGUAGCUGUGAAACAAGAACUCUCCCAAAAGGACUGUGAUGUGAUCAGGGCUAAAAAUGAGUUACAGGUGCUGCAGAAUCUUUACAGACAAAACAUUGAACAUACAGCACAGCAGGCUGAACUGAUAAAGCAGCUUCAGGCUCUCAUUGCAGUUACACAAAAAGUACUGAAAGACCAAGAAGAUGCUCACACAGUUGAAAUGACAUCAUAUCAAAAACUUUAUAAUGAAUUGUCUUCAUGUUUUGAAGCUGUUAAAACAAGUGAAAUUCAACUGCGGCAAAACUAUGCCACCCUUCAGGAUCAAUUACUUGAAAAAGAUCAAAAGAUUUGUCAGUUACAAGAGCAACUUCAGGAUGCUCACGAUGCUUUAAAUACAGUACAUCAGAAUUCUUCGCCAAAAGGUGAAGAACAGGUAUGUCAACAGCCUUCUUUCAAUGAGCUAGAGUGCCUUACUACAAUGCAAAAAUAUGAAAUCAAACUUUUACAGGAAAAACUGAAAAAAACAAGUCUUAACCUAGCAGAGCAUAAUUUGUACAUUAAAGAUAGCCUGGAACGCAAAACUAUAAGGAGGAGAAGAAAGCAUGAGGAACCACCUGUGAAACGUUCAAGGUCUCUGUCCCCAAAGAGCUCUUUUAGAGAGUCAGAGGAGCUAAGGAAGCUUAAAAUAGCUGAAAGGAAGAUUGAAAACUUAGAGAAGACACUGUGGCUAAAGACACAAGAAACUGAUGAGCUAAGAUCAGCCCAUGAAAAACACAAAGAGAGGCUGCAGAUGUUACAGACCAACUACAGAGUACUAAAAGAGCAAUUAAAGCAGUGGGAAGACGGUGAUAGCAGACUAAAUCUUGAAGAUGAAUUGUAUCAGAUGAAAGGACAUCAAUCUGUAGAGAUGCUUUUUAGACUUAGUGAAGAUGAUGGGGUCAAGAACGGUACUGCAAAGAGGGAUACGAAAGAAGUUUCACAUCGGACAUUACAGAAGGUACAACAACUGGAAAGAAGAUUCAAGGCUAUUGAGGGGGAAUUAAAGAAACAGAGAGAAGUAAAUGAAGAGUUACUAAAGGAGAGAGAUUCUUUGAAAGCAUCUUUAAAAUUGCAAAAGGAAGAUGCAGACACAAGAGAACAAAAGCUGGAAACGCUACAUAAGAGGAUUUGUGAGAUAAAAAAAGACAAAGCAGAACUUCAGUUAGUGAUUGGUAAGGAAGAAAAAGAAGUUGCCUCUUUGAAGAGGCAAGUGGCAGAAGCUAACAGGUUGAGAAAUGAAAAUGAAGAUCUGCUGAGUCAAGUGCAGGAGCUGAAGUGUUUGCUGGAUGGAGCCAAAGCAAUGGCAACCUCUGGGCAAUGUAAUUGCAAGAUAACAGGCACCAAGGUUAAAUUAAAAACAGCCAAAAAACAGACCUCUUUGGGACAUCAUGGAGCUUUUCUGAAACAGUCCAACAAGGUUAUGAGUAAUGUAUUUGAGAACUUCAGUAAGGACGGCUGGGAGGAUGUGAGUGAAAGCAGUGACUCUGAAAUACCAACAUCUGAAAGUCUGGAAACAGUGAUUAUGAAGACAGUGCAAAACAUUGAUCCACUGCCAGGCAGAAGUAAACAACAGGGAAAAAAGCAAAUACAAGAUAGUCAAAAGCCCUGCAACAUUGUUCAUUUAGAAGGCAAAACCCAGCAGUAUAAUAAAAAGAGCUACUCACUGAAUAAAGACCUAGAAAAGUUACAUUCCAAGAGGAGGAAGAUCUCUUGGCUCCUAACAUCUUAUCCAUCAAUUCAAAGCAAAGCAAACAGAGCGAAAAGGAGAAAUAUCAUUGUCCAGAAAGCAGGCUACUCUGCUACUCCACUGCCGGAAAGAAUUAAGUCAUUGCAGCAGCAGAUAGCUGCUUUACAGAAUGAAAAAAAGGAAGCAGUGUCUUCUGUGGAGAGAUUUAAAGAAACUAAUGAAAAACUAACAACUCAGCUACGUUUGGCUGAUCAGAGACUUCAAAGUAGUAAAGUGACCAUAGAGGUGCUGACCUCCAACAUGGCCAAGUGGCAACAGGAGAAGGAAAAUUUACGAAGAUUAUUGAAGUUGAGAGAACACCUGUCUCAAGCUGCUGGCAAGAGUGAAACCACACCAGCUUCUUCAAAAAACAUUGAUUUAGAGAUGAAACAGCUGCAGUGCAAACUUAAGAAUUCGAAUAAUGAAAUCACUAAGCAAUCGACCACCAUUAAGUCACUAAAAAACGAAGUCCAGGAAAAAGAACAACGGAUUCGGGAACUACAAGCUAAGAUUUCACAGUUGGAGAGAAACCUUUAUAUGAAACGACAGUUCAUAGAAGACCUAAAAUCUCGUCUAAAAGCAAAUCAGGAAAAAGAGAAAACCUGUAAUGAAACAUUAGAAAAUCUUGAGAGAAAGGUAAAAGCACUGAGUGAAGACUGUUCAAACAAAAAAACUUCCAUUGACUCACUGAAACAAAGACUUAGGAUUGCUGCAAAAGAAAAGUCUCAGUAUGAGCACAUGUUUCACAAAGCUAAAGAUGACUUGGAGAAAAAGGAUCUCGAGCUUACCAGUCUUGAGAGCAAAAUGACUGAGACCGAAUAUGCCAUGACUGAACUUGAGACUGCUGCAUCUCAACAACUGCAAGACUUGGCUAAGCAGAGUGGACAGGCUUUUGAAACUGUACAGAAGAAGCUGCAGCUCACCAGUGACAAAGUAGAAGAGUUCAUGACAUUUGUGAAGGCUUUAACCAGAGAGUUACAGCAGAGCGUACAAGAGCUGAGAACAAAAAUCAAACAGGCAAAAAAAAAGGAAGAAAUGAGAGCAAGUAAAAAGAGUCUUUUGCAAGAGUCUGUUCAGUUGGCAGCAUCUAUCCUUAAUGUUUCAACAACUGAUCUUGAGGAGAUAUUAGAAGUAGAAGAUGAUAAGGAAACAGCAAACAAAAAAAUGGAAUUUGAAAAAGAUAAAGAAUGGCUGCAGUAUAUACAGAAACUUCUUGAAGCACAGUUUCCUUUUGCCUCAUGCUUAAUGGAUGCCAUACUGGAAAAAUUAAAUGAGAAGAAGAAACUGGUAGAAGAGUACAGUUCUCUCAUGAAACACACUGUAUGAUACUGCUAAGACCUAUCUUUGCAAAGUGUGACAAAGAUAUGUGUAUUGUCUCAUGUCUUUCCUCCUCACAUGAAGAACUGUCAAUAUGUGUGUUCAAUACAUAAGUAGAAGCCGCAAACUAAUUAAUUGUUGAACAAGAGGAAUUAACUACAUUCCUAGUGAGAAUGAAGAGUAGUGUUUGAUUCCUGAGGACAAAAAUUGCUGUAAAUCAGCAUGAAGUAAAAAAUUCAUUUCCUUUAAAUGAGUUAGCAGUGAACACCAGUUUGGGCUUUGUAGAGAGAGGAUGGUUCUGAUACAACCAAUACACAUCUGUACAAUUCAGAAAGUGCAAAAAGCAGCAAAGUAAUUCCUAGUUGUACUAGUCAGAACAGGAGAAGCAGGAUUUACGAACGAACUGGAAAUAUCACUGGAAUUUUGAAUACCUAUUUUCUUUUAGCUUCUUUGUAAAUCCCAGACUUAUGAUUUAUGCUACAUAAAAUGGUAUGCUUCUGAUGUGUUGGAAAAAAUGAGAAAAUUAAUGAUUAUAGAGAAAAAAAGUGUUCGAUGUAGAGUAAUGGGGAAAGCUGAAUUUUCUUGAGUGUUGGAAUGUAUUCUGUACAAUGUAUUUAAUGCCAUUUUUAAAAUUCAAUACAAUGAAGUUAUUUU